CUCCUCGCUCAAGAACUCGGCGCGUCUCCAUCAAGUAAACCGCAUUUGACAUUUACAUGCCGUCGAGUACCUGCUUAUUGAAUUACACAUAUGAAGUCCCCCUCCAGCACAACCAGUAUGGGAACCCAAAGAAAGGACAGCUUCCUCUGGGGGAAAGCACCUUUAACUUUUGGUCCAAAUGAGAAGCGGCAGACUGACGUCAAUGUCCAUAAGCAUGUAAUACUAGAUGAUAUACAGAAACUCAGACUGGAGAUUGAAAACAUGAUGACAGAAAUUCAUACGAUAGAGGCUGAUGAUGAGAAUAAAAACAUUAUGAAGAACAAGAGAAUCCAAUGUGGAAAAAAGAAGUUUAACAUGGACCCAAAGAAGGGUAUCCAGUACCUUGUGGAUAAUGGCCUGUUGGGGUGGAAACCAGAAACUGUGGCAGAGUUCCUCUACAAAGAGGAUGGCCUCAAUAAAACAGCUAUUGGCAACUUUUUAGGAGAAAGGGAGGAGAUCCACCUUCAGAUCCUACAAGCUUUUGUUGACCUUCAUGAGUUCUCAAACCUUAAUCUGGUUCAGGCUCUAAGGCAAUUCCUGUGGAGUUUCCGUCUGCCUGGCGAGGCUCAGAAGAUUGACCGUAUGAUGGAGGCUUUUGCUCUGCGCUACUGCACCUGUAACUCUGGAGUUUUUCAGUCCACAGACACCUGUUACAUUCUUUCCUUUGCUAUCAUCAUGCUCAACACAAGCUUGCAUAACCGCAAUGUGAAAGACAAGACCACACUAGAACGCUUCAUCAGCAUGAACAGAGGAAUCAACAAUGGGGGAGAUCUUCCUAAUGAACUGCUUGAGAAACUUUAUGAGAGUAUUAAGAAUGAACCAUUUAAGAUCCCAGAAGAUGAUGGGAAUGAUCUUACUCACACCUUCUUCAAUCCUGAUCGAGAGGGCUGGCUUCUCAAAGAGGGUGGCAGAAUAAAGACCUGGAAGAGGAGAUGGUUCAUUUUGACUGACAGCUGUCUCUACUAUUUCCAGUACACUGCUGACCAAGAGCCAAAAGGUAUCAUCCCUCUAGAGAACUUAAGUGUUAGAGAGGUGGAAGACACACACAAACAGUUUUGUUUAGAGUUGUUCAGCCCUCAUCGCAAAGGGGAGAAAAUAAAGGCUUGUAAAACAGAGACAGAUGGAAGAGUUGUGAUGAGUAAACACCAAUCUUACAGACUCAGUGCUGCGUCUGCUGAGGAACAAACAGAAUGGAUCCAAGCCAUCAGAGCCUGCAUCACAAAAGACCCAUUUUAUGACCUGGUAUCUGUACGCAAGAAGAAGGUCAUCAACCAUAUUGAACACCAUGAGUGAGGCAGACUUAAAGGACCGAUUAAUGAAAAGUUGAAGUAAGGAGGUUGAUCUGUUUCAAAAAUGUUGCUCACAGACUAGAGCCUUUGGAACAUUCAAGAGUUUGGAUCACUGAACUGAGUGAGCAGCAGGAAAUGAUGAAUAAGGUUCUACAGUAGGUGCUACAGUAAUUCUCACCCCUCGCUCUCACCAUGCAUAGGUCACAGCUGCUACAUUUGCAGCCUCGGGGCUCGUUUAGGCGGUGGUGUUGUGGUCAGGAGUUCUGUGAGAAGCUAUUUUUGUAUUUAUUAUAACUUACAAGAAAUUUUACAGGGAAAUCGCUUGUAAGUGACCCUUGGAAAUAUUUUAGUUUCUCUAGUUUUUUUUUAUUUUAUUGUUUCUAUACAUUACAUUUCUGUUCCUAUUUAAGUGAAGGAUUAAAACACAAAAGGUAACUUUAGUAUCUAAGCUACAUUUCUAAACAUUUACUAAGCUAUUUAUGCUUUGAUGGAUCAUUUGGCCUGCUUUAUUUUAAUAUUUUUCAAUUUGACUAAACACCUUUAUUUCUUUUUGAUUCUAAGAUUAACCAAAAAGGAAACAAAUUAGAAUCAUUGUGUAUCUUGUAAAUAUUUUAGAAUUCUGGAGCCAUUUAGCAUUAAUGCUCAUCAGGAGGAAAUUGUCCAUAUUUUGUACAUAAUAAAUGGUUUAUUUAAUAAAUGUGUCCUUAUUUGAUUGUAGGAUUUUGUAAUUUCAAGGCUUUGAAAAAAAAACAACAACUUUACCAUAAGGUUGUAUUUGUAAAUAUUAGUUAACUACAGUAGUUCGCAUGGACUAACAAUAAGAAAUACUAUUACAACACAACUAAAUACUAUUAUGCACAACCUUUCAUGUUAUAUGCAUUUCAACAUAAAUUAAUAAAAAUGUUAAAUGAAUAACUGUAUACAUUAACAUUAUUUAAUGCAUUAUGAUUUAACAUGAAAUUACAAAGAACUAUUUUAUUUUCAGAAAUCAAAAUUAACCAAGAUUUAUAAAAAUAUUGUUCAUUGUUAGUUCAUGAUACCUAAUUCUGUUACUAAUAAUUAAAAACUAUUGUAAAGUGUUACAAAUAAAUCUGUACAUUGAAGUAGUCCAGUCUGUUCUUACAAAAUCAUUAUGAUGCACUUUACAAGCCUUGUUUUUACUAAGCAACACACAUUUUUGUCCAGCAGAUGGUACUGUUUGCCAAUCUUUAUAAAGCAAGAUUCGAGCUCUACAAGAAUUCUUCAAUAUUCUAACAACACAUUACUAUGUUUGUGAGAGUAAGAAAUAAUAUAAUUCGUUUGUAAUGUUAUAUCAUGCCCUGGAUAAACCUUUUUAAAAACAAAAUUGUAAUUUGCAAUUUUUGCACUCCAUGUUUAGCCUGCUUAGGUGUAUAUGUUAAGUUACCAGGUUGUCCAACCUGUAUCAUGAGAGACCUUUACUGAUGCACAAUGACAAUAUUCUAUAGAAGAAAAAAAUCCCCUCUGCAAAAUCUGCAUUGCACUU